AUAAUUCAACAACCUCUCGAAACAACCUCAAAGACCUAACAUUAUACAGUCAUGCCACCUCACAUGACACAGGCCACAGAGCUAAUUGACUGGAUUGUCUCGAACGGAGGUUAUUUCCAUCCCUCUGCAAAGCUCCAAGUAGAUGAGUCAACAGGACUGUCUGUAUUCGCAGACAAUACCAUAAAGCCUGAGGAGAAAUUAGUAUCCUGUCCUUUUUCCCUUGCUGUGACUUCUGAGCUUGCCACACAAGCCGUGUGCGAGAUUGCAGGAGUUGAAAAAGGGCAGCUGAUUUGGCCCAAAGGCCAUGCUAAAGAAGGGAAGCCAUGGAACGAAAGGAUGAGAAUCGGUGCAUAUCUGGGGUUUCAUUGGAUUUAUCAGGAGAGACCCGAGACAGAAUGGCCGCGAUCAUUGGUGCAUAAGACAUACUUGGCAUCGUUGCCCCCAGCGUCAAAUCUAUCUACACCGUUGUACUUCACCGAAUCAGAACUGCAGUUGUUGUCCGGCAGUAAUCUUCUCGGCGCAGUAGAGGAUCGCAGGAAAGAGUGGUCUGCUGAGUCAGCAGCGUUGAGGUCCGUUUUGAAAGAGGAUGGUUUGACAUGGGAGAGAUAUCUGGCCACUGCUACUUAUAUGUCCUCACGAGCAUUCCCCUCUAAAUUACUCGAUCUCCCUCCAGACGGUGAGAUGACUCCUCAGCCCACCAGAAUUGACGGGGUUUCGAAACCUGCUCUUCUCCCCGGUGUGGAUAUCUUCAAUCACGCUCGUGGCCAACCCAUUCUUUGGCUCUCAUCAUUGGUGUCUAUUCCCAACGGCUCGCGAGGGGUCCCUUCAAUUUCCCUUGUUUCUUCAUCAGUUUGUGAAUCUGGUUCACAGUUGUUCAACAAUUAUGGUGCAAAGCCAAACGAAGAACUUUUACUUGGGUAUGGUUUCGUACUUGACUCUAAUCCGGACGAUAUUGUCAACCUUCGAUUAGGAAUUGCUUCCUUACCAGAACCCAUUAAUGAAAGGCUACAGUCCAAAGGUCUCGAUGCCAGAGAGCGAUUUGAGCUGAGAAGAAAUGGGGAGGUCGAUAAGCGUUUGUUGGAAAUCAUGAGGGUGUUAUUAGGUGGUGGGAACGUAGAAGAUGAAGUGGAUGAUGAUGAUGAACAUGCCUUGCAUGAAAAGGAGGAGAGAGAAAUGCAGCUUGAGCUUGAUGUGCUAGGCAUGCUGGGCGGGAUGCUGGAGGAUAAAUUGGAGAAACUUAGAACCGGGAGCCAAAUUAAAGUGGUGGACGCAAGAGAGGAGGUGCGGAGGAUGUGCGCCGUGUAUCGGCAAGGUCAAAUGGACAUACUCAAUGCUGCCAUGGAUAAGCUUUCUGAUCGUAUUGAACGGAUAGAGAGUUUGAUGGAUGAGGGUAUGGGGGGAUGCCCUUGUUGUUCAUAGGCUAUCCGAUUCGUGUAUUGUCAGACACUAUCAUCGGAGUAUUAAAUGCAUAUAGAAAGCGG